UCUCUGAUUAUCCUCUCAUUUCCAACACUCGAAAACACUUAUUUUAUGUACCGGCGAGGUUAGUCAGCUGAUCGGAACGGAGGUGGUAGCGGCGGCGGUGCCUGUGGUGGGUUGAUAUUCUGUCAGAUCGUGAUCCAAUGGCCGAAGACAAGUACAACCUCAAGAAUCCGGGGGUGAAGAGGAUAUUACAGGAGGUUAAGGAGAUGCAAUCGAAUCCUUCUGAUGAUUUCAUGAGCCUCCCUCUCGAGGAGAAUAUAUUCGAAUGGCAAUUUGCAAUUAGGGGUCCCAGGGAUUCUGAAUUUGAAGGAGGGAUUUAUCAUGGAAGGAUCCGAUUGCCUGCUGAGUAUCCGUUUAAGCCUCCUUCAUUUAUGUUGCUGACACCAAACGGGCGUUUCGAAACCCAAACUAAAAUCUGCUUAAGUAUAUCGAAUCACCACCCUGAGCAUUGGCAGCCAUCUUGGAGUGUGAGGACUGCUCUAGUGGCACUGAUCGCUUUCAUGCCCACCAGCCCAAAUGGUGCCUUAGGUUCUCUAGAUUAUAAGAAAGAAGAACGUCAUGCCCUUGCCAUUAAAUCUCGUGAAGCUCCACCUAAAUUUGGGACUCCUGAGCGGCAAAAGCUUAUUGAUGAGAUUCAUGAAUAUAUGUUAAGCAAGGCACCCUCUGUUCCUCAACUCAGCCCUUCACAGGCCUCAGAAGAACACCCUACCAACAGUGAUGGAGAAGCUCAGGCUAAUCAGCAGGAUACAAUUACUAUGGUUGCUGAGAAUGGACCACUGAAUCCAACAGUACACGACGGGGCUGUUGAAGAAGAGCCACUUGCUCAGACCAAUGCUAAUCCAGGCAAUGCUGAAAUGAGGGUGAGGGCGGCAGUGAGAGAGAUUCCUGGUAGGGAACCAAGUCAUCAGCCACUGCAGAGGCCGGAGGUGAGGGUUCAAAGAUCUGCGGACGACCGCUUGUUUACAUGGGCUGCUGUUGGACUGGCCAUUGCAAUCUUGGUUCUUUUGUUAAAGAAGUACAUGAAAUCUAGUGGACAUGGUGCUGUUUUCAUGGGUGGUUCGUAGUUCUGGCUGCAAAUAUCUCUGUUGACCUGUACUCGCGUU